AUGGUUAUUGCUCAAUGGGCUAUUGUUAAUUGUAUUCCAUUUAAUGCAUUGGAUUGUCCUCUUUUUCAAAAAGUUGUUGAUGCUAUUGCUGCAAUUGGCCCUGGUUUUAAAGCCCCUAAUGCUUAUGAUUUUAGAGUUAACUUGUUGAAAGAUUGGAAGAAGGAAUGUCAGUUACUGAUUGAGAUUCAUCGUGUAAAAUGGAAAGAAAAUGGUUGUACACUCAUGGCUGAUGGUUGGAUUGAUGUUAGACAAAGAACUUUGAUUAAUUUCUUAGUCUAUUCCAUACAUGGUAUGGUAUUUGUGAAAUCAAUUGAUGCUUCAAAUGUAGUUGAGGAUGCUAAAACUUUACUCUCAUUAUUUUGUGAAGUUAUUGAGCGGGUUGGUCCUGAAAAUCUAGUUCAUGUGGUGACUGACAAUGCUGCUAACUAUGUGGCAUGUGGUAAACUGAUUAAAGAGAAAUAUAAAACUAUUUAUUGGUCACCUUGUGUAGCUCAUUGCUUGAAUCUUGUCUUGAGAGAUAUUGCUUCUAUGCCUCAUGUGUCAAAUCUUGCAACAAAGGCAUCUAAAAUCACUAUAUUUGCAUAUAAUCAUACAAUCUUCUUGUCAUGGCUAAGGAAAAGACCGGGUUGGAAGGAAAUUGUUCACCCUGGUGCAACAAGGUUUGCAACUACAUUCAUUACCUUGCAUAGCAUAUAUUUGCACAAGCAUGAUUUACAAGCAUUGGCUAUUGAUAAACAUUUUGUGGAUCACAAAUUGGCAAGAACUGAAGCUGGAAGAACUUUCAGUGCAAUUGUAUUAGACAAUCGGUUCUGGAAUGAAUGUUAUCAAGUGGUGAAGAUUGUGUCUCCACUUAUGAGACUUCUGAGGAUUGUUGAUUCGGAUGAAAAACCCUCGUUGCCUUAUGUCUAUGAAGGGAUGCAAAGGGCUAAAAAUGGAAUCAAGGACAUCUUUCAAAGGAAUAAGGAGCUAUACAAGCCUUACACUAACAUUAUUCAAGCUUGA